AUGUAUGAAUGAACUUGAUAAACAACGCGUGUUCAGUAAAACUAAGACGUGAAAACUCAGUGAACCACUAUAACUCGUAAAGGUUACUGGUCUGGUUUUAGUUUCUAGUUUAACCAGGGAGCAGCGUGGCAACGGCUACAAAUAACUUAGGAGAGAAGUUAACCUUAGCUGAAAAUGUCGAGAAGUGUUUUUGCCUGUUUUUAGGCUGUUAUGAGUUUAUCAUAACACAUUUGAUGCGAAGUUGAUCUGGUUUUUGUUCUGAAUAAUUUACUAUAUAGAACUGACAGAAAAGAAAGCUGUUUGAAAUAAUGAUUUCGUCUUCAUCAUCUCUAUUCUAUUUGGGUAAAUACUGUUUAAGUAAUAUCCGACAUGCAAGUAUGGAAAUUAUGAAUCUAAGUGAGUUUUAUAAACGUGUCUAAUGACACAACCCACGACACACGAUCCUCGUGACGGUCACAAGACUAUCACAAGAUUAAUAAUAAAACGCGUUCACUUCACUUCCGCAUUCAACAUAAUAAAGCUGUCACCCUUCAAGAAGGAUAACGCAGAGUCGCAGAACAAACCAGAAAAGGAGAAAGAAAAUAAAGAAAAAAACAAAAUGAAGAUCGAAAGAUAUAUGACUGUGUUUCUUACACUAGUUUUUACCUGCAGAGCGGCUUCCCGGGACAAUCGCAAUAACCGACCUAUCAUCGGAGUUAUGGCGCAAUCGACAGAAGGUGAAAGCUUUGCCAAGUUUGGUGAUUCGUAUAUAGCUGCUUCUUAUAUAAAAUAUUUAGAAUCGUCUGGAGCUCGAGUUGUACCGAUAAUGAAUGAUCUGAACGAGGAAGAGGCUGAGAAACUGUUUUACUCAAUUAAUGGGGCAUUAUUCCCGGGUGGUGGUGUCAGUGUUCAAACAUCGGGGUAUGCUCGAAUUGGUAAACAGUUCUUUACACUAGCAAAGAAAUCUUAUGACAAAGGAGAUUAUUUUCCGGUUUGGGGAACAUGCCUAGGAAAUGAAUUUUUGUCAGUUAUGGCUAGUAACGACGCUAAUAUUUUAUCCACAACAGAUUCAGAAAAUUACACAAUACCGCUAAAUUUCUCAUCAAAUUAUCGUGAUAGCAAAUUAUUUCGCGAUAUUUCAGACGACCUGGCAAAAUUUGUAUCCAGUGCGCCAACUACCAUCAACAUGCACCAAUACUCCGUGUUGCUUUCCAAAUUUAAGAAAAAUGAUAAUAUAAGCAAAUUUUUUCGCAUCUUAUCGACAAACAACGACAGAAAUGGUAAAACAUUUGUAUCCACAAUGGAAGGAAUAAGAUAUCCCAUUUAUGGCAUUCAGUGGCAUGCAGAAAAGAAUUCGUUCGAAUGGAAUCUGAAUGAAAAUAUUCCUCAUCAAGCAAUGUCAAUUAGACUAACACAAUACAUGUCAAAUUUCUUUGUAAACGAAGCCAGAUCAAGUCAACAUAAGUUUCCUACACUGAAAGAGGAAGCAGCAGCCCUAAUUUAUAAUUAUUCGCCAUUUUAUACUGGAAAUAUAUCCAACUUUGAACAGUGCUAUAUAUUCAAAUCUAAAACUAUUCACGUUGAGCAUUAAUUCCGAAUACUAAUAAUCUUUAUAUAAGUUAAAGUUGAUCUCACAUUUUGAACAGAAAUGUGUCUCAACAAAUUUUAGUGUGGCUUAGAAGACACUUGGAUUACAGUAGAGUAUAGACUAUAGGCCAAUUAUCAGCCAGGUGAAAAACUCACUGGAGUACUAACAUCAGUGUACAUGUGUAUUUCAACCCAACGCAUUUAUCCAAUCCCAUGCAUUUAAAUCAUUAGCAUGUGCACUGAAUCAAUUUGUUAUUCGUUAAAAGUUUAUGUGUAAUAAUUCUUCAACUGGGGGAUCCCACGGAAUUCGCCCCUCUCUGGAGCGAAAUAUGGGACCCUGGGUACGAGGUUAAUCGAAUGGUUUGAUCUCGUUAUUGUUGUAUUUGACGAUCUUGUUCGUGCUACUUCUCCGAACAAAAUUUGAAAGGCUAUAAUCAGUUUCUAUAGUAUAAAGGCUAGUUUCCAUCCAGAAAAUUAUCGCGAGUGAAAGUUUCUUGACACGAAGUAAAAUUAGGAAACUUUCCUGACCGUUCCUUGUUUAUUAAUACGAUGAUUGCGAUGAUUAGGCUGAUAAAGUGAUAUUGAUAACUGAUAAGCCACCUGGAGCCGCGGUUAUAUAAAACUCUUUGGCGACUGCGUAGUGAUUGGUCAAUUCUGUAACUACGUUUUUACACAACCGGCACAAAUUGCUCUUGUGUCGGGACUUAAACAGGGCCGUGGUGAAGGAGUGAGAAUUGCAGGUGACAUGUGAUAGUGACCAACUUUUUAACGAAAACUAUUUCAGUGAACGGGAUCUUCCCAGUGAAUAUUUUUGCCAAAUUGAUUUAGCGGAACGGCAUUGGUAUGAGAAAUUGGUUGAAAAAUGUUCCAGGCUCAUGGUAAUGAUGCACAGCCAUCAAUGAUGCAAAGGCCAAGCAAAUAAAAAUUCAAAACUGAUCGUAAAGACUCUAGAUUCUCAGAAACAAUAAUUCCAAAAAAUAUUUAUUCAAAAAUAUUUAUUAUGAAAUAAUUUCAAAAUAUUUUGCAACCAAGAACAAAGAAAGAUCGACUCUGUGUAUGAGCACUCUAUGUAUUGCAAAGCAAUUCAACAAACCACUUUCAGUAACAAUGUGAAUUAAUAGAAAUAUCACCUUCCCAAUCACAAUUCCUCUGGGCAUCAGAAAUGACAACAUUCAAUAAUAUAUGAAAUACAAGUGAUGGAAAA